AUGUGGUUCGUUCUUCUCGGAGUUGUGUGCUUUGCGGCCAUCGCUAGUGGCGAACAGCCCCAAUGCGGGGGGAACCUUGCAGGGCACGCCGGUGACGUGUACUCCCCGAACUUCCCGAACGAGUACGAUGCGAACCUGGACUGUAUGUGGACCAUCCCGGCACGCGGAGGUAGCGUUACUGUAGAGUUUAAGAACUUCACCAUCGAGCCUCCAGAGAUCUUCCUGUUCUACUCUCGCUGCAACUUAGACUAUGUGGAGAUCAUCGUAGGAGACAGGUCCAGAGGCCGUUUCUGUGGCACGGAAAUGCCCCCUGCUAUCACCGCUGCUGAUGACACCCACAUCAGGUUCGUGACGGACCAGCUGGUGAGCGGGCCCGGCUUCCAAUUCUCCUACCUGGUGCAGCACGGUCUGGCUGGGCCCUGCGGGGAGCAUCUGGACGACAGCUAUGGUCAGGUUACUUCACCGGGCUACCCACAGAACUACCCCAACAACCAGUACUGCACGUGGACCAUCCCCCACACUCAGUACCCCGUCACGGUCAAGUUCAUCGACUUCGAGCUAGAGGAAGGUGGCUACUAUAGCAGCUGUUAUGACCACCUGGAGAUCUUUGACGGCAGGACAAGCUUGGGUAAGUACUGCGGCACGGACGUUCCGGCGGUCCUCACCACAACCAACGAUGUCAGGAUCAACUUCAAGUCCGACUCCAGCGUGGGCCAGCGCGGGUUCAAGUUUGAGUACCGUGUGGCCGCUCCUGCCACCCUGGCCCCCUCUGAGCCAACCAAACCAGCCACCGACAAGCCAGGUUGCACAACUGACUACGUGAACUUUACCGGACAUUGCUACAAGAGCUUUACGGAUUUAAAAACACGCGAUGAGGCUAGACAGGCUUGUGCGGCUGACGGUGGAGUUUUAGCCAUGCCGAAGGACAGUGCAACCAACGAUUUUCUCGCCAGUCUAUCACCGGUGACGGGAGGUCGCUGGCUCGGGUUGACUGACGCCGACGGAGACGGCCAGUGGGUGUUUGAAGAUGGCCAAAUCCUGACGUCAUCCGACUACUCCAACUGGCAACCCAACGACCAGCCCAACGGUUCCGGCUGUGUCGGGUUUUGGUCGACUCAGUCUGUAUGGGACCCAAGAGGUUGCGACUAUUUGAGGGGAUUCAUCUGUCAGAUAAUUUGA